AUGGCUUCCCGGCAGGUGUUGUUCUUGGCCGUCGUCGUCGCCACCGCCAUCGCCUUCUUCCCGGCGACGACCUCCGCCAUGGACUACAUGGUGGGUGACAGCCAUGGCUGGACCCUCGAGUACCCCUCCAACUGGGCAGACGACAAAUCGUUCAAAAUCGGUGACAAUCUAGUGUUCAUGUUCCCGAAGGACAAGCACACAGUGACUGAGGUGGAUGGCCCAGCGUUCCGCGCGUGCGACCGGCAGGGCAACACGCUGCGCACCUGGAACUCCGGCAACGACACGGUGGCGCUCGACAGGGCCGGCAGGAGGUGGUUCUUCUGCAACGUCGAGAACCACUGCGAGCGGGGCAUGAAGCUCCUCGUCAACGUCGCCGACCCCAACGCGCCGGCGCCGUCGUCGCCGUCACCGCCGCCGCCGCCGUCGUCAUCCGCUGUAGUGCUCAGCUACAGGGUCGGUGGCGCGGCCGCCGGUGCCGUGGCCGCGGCGGCGGCGGCGGCGCUCGUGUGGCUCUAG